AUGAGUGUACCGGUAGCAAUUGGAUCUACGUUUUUUGGUUGUAUGAGUAAUGUUGUCUUUUUGGAACUUUUAGUCAAGUACGUACUUUGAAAUAUUAUAAUCAUCUACCUAUAAAACUUAUUUUUUAAACUAAUGGUUGUAUAAUUUUUAUAUUUUAGACAAGAUCCUGGGAUAGGUAAUUUAAUUACUUUUUCUCAAUUUUUUCUAAUUGCACUACAAGGAUUUAUAUUUACUGCAAAAUUUGGUACCAAAAAACCAAGUAUCAGUGUCAAGUAUGUUAUUAAUAAAAUAUUAUAUUAUAUUAUAACAACUUAUGAUUAGCAAGAGUAUAGGAAUUAACAAAAUUUUUAUAUUUAACUGAAUAACUGAACUAAAUAUUUUAUUAUAUUCAUUUAUCACUAAAUAUGAAAUAUUUAAGUACCAAGCAAUAAAUAAUGUAUUUACUAUAGAUAAUUAUUUUCUUUCAAAAAUAAUUAUUUUUAUUGAAUCUUUGGAUGGUGUAAUUUUGUAUGCAUUCAAAUUAUGUGUAUUAUCUAUUCUUGUUUCCAUAUAGGUACUACAUAUUAUAUGUGAACUAUUUUUUAUUUUGGAUAAUAUUCCAUUUGAAGCGUAUAAAAACGUACAGACAUGAAACAGUCUUUAUAUUAUAAUGGUAAUUUACAUGAUUGUAAAUUUAAUCUUUAAUUAAGUCUAAAUAAAUUAUAGAAAUUCUUGUUGAACAACUAGAACAUUUCCAAAAAUACAUUUAUGUUUAAAUUAUUUGUUAAAGUAUGUGAUUGUUGCAAAGAUUAAUGUAAAAAGUAAUGUAAUUUAAUUAUAUUAUAGAUUUAAUGUAAACAUUUGGAAAUUUGAUGGCUAUAUUACUAAACGGAAACAGCAUUUAUUCCUUUUAACAAUUUUAAAAUGUAAUUUCCCAAUAAUUUUAUUUUUUGAAAUUUGGCUAUUCUUGAACCAAACUACAGAAAUAUUUAUUUGACAUUUGUAAUGUUAUUAAUUAAUUUAUGUUUUAAAAAAUUGCAGAGGAUACAUGGUAUUGGUUGCAAUGUUUUUUGUAACUAAUGUUUUAAACAAUUAUGCAUUUGAUUUGAACAUUGCUAUGCCACUUCAUAUGAUCUUCAGAGCGGUAUGUUUAUUUUAAGCAUAGAAUAUAGACCAAUACAAUUUCUAUAAAAUUUCUAAAGUGUUAAAUAUAUUUUAUUUGAAACUACUAUAGUGUUGAAAAAUAUGUUAAUGCAGAAGUUUUAUUUAGAUGCAUGACACCGAAGCCAAUGAUAAACUAUUUUUGGGAUAAAAUUUCUUAUAAAUUGUACAUUUUUUUCCAAAAAUUAAAAUUAAUUUAAUACUUUUUUAAAUUUGUAUAAAUGUAACUUUUAUUUUUCACUAUUUUAUAAAUUUUUAUGAAACAUUAUAUUUAAAAAAAAAAUAAUAGUAAUGCAUAUUAUGAAAGAAUAUAAAAUAUGAAUAAAUAAAUAAAAAUAUUCUUAUGAGCGCAUACAAAUUUAAUUUGUUUAUCUGGCUAUGAUUAUGGAAUAUAUUUUAGAUCUGUAGUUUUUAUAAAACAUUACUUAUUUUAUUUUUGUUUUUAUGAGUAAAUCUAUUUAAUAUUAAAACGAAUAUAAAAACAUUUUUCUAAUAAAUAUAAAUUUAAAAAAAAAGAUUUUACAAUCCAAGUUCUGCUAAAAAAAAAAUAGUUAUUUGUAUAUCAUCAAAACUUGUAUUAACAUGUAUCAAAACUUUUACUUUUCAGGGCUCAUUAAUAGCAAAUAUGAUUAUGGGAAUAAUUAUUUUGAAAAAAAAGUACACGCUUGACAAAAUUAUUUCUGUGGGCAUGAUAACAGCUGGCAUUUCAAUAUGCACAAUUGUAUCAAGUCAAGAUGUUGUAAGUGAUUGUUCAUUAAUAAAAUUGUUACUUCAAUCUAAAAUAUACAUUUUUUAUAGAAAAAAACUGUUGUACACGGUGUUGUACAAAAUACAUCUGAAUUGGAAGAUUUCUUUUGGUGGUGCUUAGGUAUGAACUUUUGUAUUCAACUAAUCUAAAAAAAAUAAGCUAGAUUUAAUUCUUUGAAUGUAAACACAAUGGUUAAUUAUUUUGGUAUUGUUUUAAUGAUUAUAAAAUAUUAAUUGGAAAUCAUUUUUAAGGAAUUGCGUGUUUGACCAUUGCAUUAUUUAUUUCUGCACGUAUGGGUAUAUACCAAGAAACAUUAUACAAAGAACAUGGUAAACACCCACAAGAAGCGUUAUUUUAUACUGUAAGUAUAUAGGUAUUCUUAGUUAUAUUUUGAUAAAAUCGAUAUUAUUCAAACAAUAUUUACGAUAAAAACCAUUAUAAAUUAAUAUAUUUGUAAAUUUCAAAUUCAUAGUUUUAGAACAUUGAACUAUUUAUUGGAAAAUUUUAAUAUUUCAAUCUGUAUUUGUAUAUUUUAAUUUAAAUUCAAAUUAGUGGACAGAAAAUAGUAAUAUUGAAGAACUAAACUUGUAUGCUGUAUUAUACUUUUAUAAAUUUUGUGGAGUUGUAUUAGUAUUAUUUCGAACACUAAUAUUGUGUAAAUAUAUUAUUUUAGAUUCUGAGUGGAACGAAGAAGCUUAUGAUUGUAAAAAUGUGUUUAUUUUUUUUUCUAUAAACAACUUUUCUACCAGAGGAUUUGCUCUGAUUUUUUUGUGUAUCACCUUUUCUGAAAGGAAAUCUGUGUGAGGAGGUACUUUAAAGAGGUAAUUUUUCAAUUUUCUCUGGAAUUUUUCUCAACAAAUAUAAUAAACUGAAAAAUAUGGGAAAAACGAGAAAAUCAGUGUAUUAAAAUUUUUUAUUAAAGAUAAUAUAUAAUGCUUAUUUAAUUAUUUUUCUGUAAUAUGAUAUAUAUAUAUAUAUAUAUCUUGUUGAUAAAGCAUCACUAUCGACUGAACUCCACUCAGAAUCGUUUUUUCAUUUAGCAAUGUUUAAUCAUUGCUAACAGGUAUACAUUAAAUUAUCUAUAAUAGUGGCUGCACCCGUCCUCAUUAUCCUUAGACAUCUUUUUUUUUUGGAACUCUAUGAGGUCUAUCAGUGAUACUUAACUCAGAAAAAACAUUUCCGUACACAUAACACAUUUCAAUGUUGUACUUCUAUUGAUUACAGACAAUUAAUUUUCUUGUACAGACAUCAUCUAGAAUUUAUAACUUGUUAAUUACAGUGCUGUUUUAUAAAAUAAUUUUGUUUUAUUUUCUAGCAUUUAAUACCACUGCCAUGGUUCCUGUGUCUGUACUCCAAUCUUAAAGAACAUACACUAAUGGCUUUUGAAAGUGAACCACUUCUGUACAUUGGAUUUGGUUUACCAAGUACUAUUGUCUACCUUAUUGGUAAUGUUUUCACACAGUAUCCUUUGAUAAUUAAAUUUUUUUAAUUUAAAUAUUUGUAUAUAAUGACAAAUGAUAAUUUAAGCUACUUAUCUAAUGUGCUACUUACCAACAAUUUGAUAACCUAUGGUACAAUAUUUACAAAUAUUUGAAAACCUAUUGAACAAUUUCAAUAACUACAAUAAUUUGUAUAGACUUAAUGUGUGUAGUGUUAUAGUUGGAUUUUUAAAAAUUAUUGAGAAUACAUAUAUUUCUUUGAUUUUGCUGUCUACCGAGGCUUUUUACAGCUUCUAUUAAGUCCCUCCAUUUCUCCAUUUAUCAUGGCAUUUUUGAGUUUUACCGUUUCGUCUACCAUUUUAAUGUUUGUGCAUAAAUAAAUACGUUUUUUCCUUUGCAGCCUUAAACUUAACAAUUUUUUCAAUGAAAAAUAUGCAUAAUUCAUCAAGUUAAUCUUGACUUUAACUUCAUUGUACAUAUUUAUCUUAUUGUUCACUCCUAAGUAUUUUAAAUUAUCGACCUGUUUAAAUGUGUAUGGUCCGAUUAUUAAAUUUUUAAUGAGCAUGCCAUUCGCAUGUAUUAUGUUUUUGUUUUGUUGAUUAUGAGACCUAUAUAUUAUUUAUUUAUUGAUAUUUAUUUAUAUAUAUUACCACUGAAUUACAUGAUUGUAUUUGUGUUCAGGUCAAAAUACCGACAGUCACAUACAGUACAAUAUUAAAUGGUCCUUUCUUUGUAAUAUUUAUAUAUUUUUUAUAUGUAAAAUAUGCACUUUAUUUUUAAUGCUUUGGGUUAUUCAAUGUAUUAAUUUUAUUGUAUUAAUUACAAAUUUAAUAAAAAUAACUUGAUUUUUUUUUUUUACAAAUUGAUAACUAGUAUAAAUUUAAGGGACAUAAUUAGGUAAUCACUUAUACAAUCUCAGGAUGUUGAUAAUCAUGUUUGUGAAUUCUGUGUGAUAUUGUCUAUUGGAAUUUUAACUUUGUCGGGAUUUUGACCUUGUUGGGAUUGUAACUGUGGGAAUUUUGACUCUGUCGAGAUUUUGAACACCUCCCGUAAUAUUUAUUAUUUGUAUUAUUUUAUUUGAGAUAUCUAGACUAACCAAUGCAGGCCAUAAUUUAUCCUUAUUGUUAGCUUGUUUAAAAAUCAACAAAAAUCAUGUUGAGUUCACUAUUAUAUUCACAGUAGUUUUAUGUAAUUUUAUAUUUAUUGAAUAUAUGAUAUGUAGUUGAUUUCCCUCAUAUGAAUCCACUUUGGUAUUCCCCAAUAAUAUCUGUUUUGUAUUUUUCUAGAAUCUUAUAGAACCUUGUAGGUUGUGUCUAAAAGAGGUAUUUCAUAAUAGUUUUCAAAAUUGACAGAUCUUCCUUCUUGAAGAUAGGUUAGAUGUUUGCCAUCUUUCAAUAUAUUGGUAUUUUUUUCUCUGGUCCUUACAUUAUUUUUUAGCUUUGUAUAUUUCAAUUGUUAAUUGUUUUGCCUGUCAGUUUUAUUAAAUCCAAAUUUAUUCUGUAAUUUCUGAAGGUUUAUUAGAGAAUUUAUUAUCAUUUAAACUUCAUCUAAUAUAGGUUCUAUGGGUUCUAUCUCUUUUGUAUGAUUUAUUAUUUUUUCAAAGGGCAUACAAAUAUCCUGCAUGCUCUUUAACAUUUUCUUAAUAAAUUCCUGGAAAUACAUUUAUAAUAAAUAUGUGAAUAUAUUUAUGAAAAUAAUACUCAUGAAGUAUUGUACAUUUUAUAAAACCAAAAGAGAUUAUUUGUCAAUCAAUAAAAGAUAUUUGCCCAUUUAAGUGUAUCUGAGGAAUAAUUAAUAUUAUAAAAUAAAAUAUAUUUAUAAUUAAACUAAAAAUAAAUUUAAUCAAAUUGAAAUUUACUUGGUUUAUCCAAAAUUAUAUAUGGUUUAUUCAAAAGAAUUGGUAUAUAUAAAAUCAAAAUUAAUGUGAUCAAAUUAUUAAAAAAGUAUUAUUCUCAAGGAAAGUGUUGAUUGUAUUAUAAUGUCUAAUAAUACUUUCGCUAAAAAUUAAAGGUAAACAGUUUAUCUAUAUGUUUUAUAGACACAUCAAAUUAAUAUUAAAAAUAAAACUAAAUAUAAGUUAGGUAACAUAUAUAUUUGUAAAAUUUUACAAAUAAUAUAUAUAUACUGAACAAUUAAUCAUAUUAUCAUUAUCUUAAAGAUAGAAUAUUAUUGAGAACAAAACUGAUUUUCUGUAACACAAAUUUAAGACUUUCAAUUUUAUUUUAAAAGUUUAAUUCUUUGUGUUUUAAAUUUACAUAAUUAAUACAAGAAUUCACGAAAGUAUCUGUAAAACAUUAGAUACAAAUACUUGAAAUCACUUCUAACUUCAUUAUUUUUGGUUUAAGAUUAUUUUGUUAUGUAUUUGAGAAUUGAGUUCUUUUGGCUCUUCAGUGUACAUUCUGUAUUUUUGAAAUUUAAUACCCGGUGAUUUUGUGUUGAAUUUGUUAGAUUCCUAAUUACUUUAGUGCAAUAACAGUCAAAAGGGAAUACAGAUUGAUGAUUCACAAUAAAGUAAACAAAAUACUAUGCUUUUUAUUUUUCUUAACUAAAUGAUUCACAGAUAUAUAUGCAUAAGUUCAGUGUAUUUCUUGACAACUGAAUGUUCGUCAUUAACAGUAACGCUGGUUAUAACCUUGCGAAAAUUUGCCAGUUUAUUAUUUAGUAUAUUGUACUUUAGAAAUCCAUUCACCUUGUAUCAUUGGAUUGGGACCCUUUUAGUGUUUGUUGGUACGGUCAUAUUCACUGAAAUACCGCAGAAAGUACUACAAAUGACGGCGCCGACAAAGCAGAAAUUAACCGCGAAGAAAACCAAUUAA